CAGUUUGGGGUGGUUAACUAUAUAUUUUAACUUUUAGCUCUUAGCUAACAUCAAUAUUAAUAUUGGUUCUCGUUAAGCUGUCCUGAGAAUAAAUCGCUCUCAGUAUCACUUACUGUUAUUUAGCUACGGUGACAAAUUAUAUCUUAACGGUACUGUGGUCCAGUGUAGCUAACGUUAAAGGUACCACGUAACGGGCUAACCUUUCGUUUUGUGUGUGUUUUUGUUUGCUUGCGUACGUGCGUGGGCGCAGUCAUGUCCAGCAGGUACCAGAUAGUGGUGCAGGGAGAGGCCUCUGAGACAGACUCUGAUGAUGAGGUCUACAUAACUUCAAUGCCUGCACCUCAAACUACCGCAGUCGGAGCCAAGGUUCCUGGGGAGGCGUCCGAAACGGACAGUGAGUGUGAGGAGGAGGAGCAGGCGGGUCCAGCCUCAACGCAGGAGAGCUCCCAGAUCCUCAGGAGAGACCUGCCUCCUCUUAUAGUAGUUAGAGACCAUCCUGAUAUACAGUCGAUAGUGGAAGACAAGCCAAGCCCGACACGUAGACCAUAUGGUGAGACCCUUUUACAACAGAAGCUGCAGGAGUCUAACAGCCGGCUAUAUAAUGAUGUGAGACAAACACUACGGCAAGUUUAUGGCAGUGCCAGUAAAGAGGUACAGAGUGCAACAGCUCAGCUGAAUGCUUCGCAGAGCGCCGUCAUCAGUGCCUCCCACAGCAUCAGGCUAAUCCUGGAUGACCUGAAGGCUGUGUCUGAGAAGAUUGACAUCAUCACCAGCUGUCAAAUACUGCCAGACAUUAACAUCAGUAAUCCAAAUAAUUGUACCACUCCUGUACCUUAAAGAAACAAAUCUCUCUCUCUCUCUCUUUCUUUCUCUUUCUCUUUCUUGACAAAGAAUUCCUAUGCAUAUGGCUAAAUAUGUAGUUACACAAUAUCUGUGUAUUUAUCUGUCAGGAUUCUCUGUCCUGUGUUCAUCCAUUUUUGUCCUGUCCUGCACUUCACUGUAAAUAUGAAUAUGACUCAGUACAAUCCAGAAUCCAAAUGACUGCUGGAUUUUAUAAGGCAUCUCCUUGUUUGUUAAAAGUGUAAAAUAAACGAAACUCAGUUAUAUAGA